UUAUAGUCGCCAACUUAUAAAGCUCGGUCAGCAGGAGUUAGACGUGCAGAGCUGUAGCUAGCAAACAAGCAACAAGAACAAGAAGCAUAAGACUCGAUCACUUGAAUUGACAAGAUUUGAUGGCGCGUGGGAAGGUGGCCGAGUGGAUUCGGAAGCGUACCAUGCCGAGGAAGCCGGCGACUAAGCGACAGAGCAGGACCAGCGGGGCGUCGGAACCGAUACUGUCGAGCAAGGCGGCACGUGAGAGCCGCAGCAGUGCCUCUGGCGGGGCACCGGCGCCGACACCUAGGAAUGCCGCCAUGAGCGGGAGCAGAAAUGGUGCCGGUGCGCUACCGGCGCAUUCGAAGUCCCGGGUGAGCGCCUUCCUGUCGGUGCUUAUGAGGUGGCGGCCGCGCGUGAACGUGCUGGCCGUGCUAUGCGAGCAGGUGGCGUACCACCUGAUGUGGGUGGUGGAGUCUGUGGUGUUGGUUGGGAGGCUCUGCUUCUUCCUCAUGCGCUUCGGCUUCAAGCAGCUCUGAGCUCAUUCCUCCAAUUGCCGCCAUGGCGUUGAGGGUGGAGGAGAAAGAAGCAGCUUGCGUUGAGUGUUUCUUCGUUCAUUUUUCUUCCCUUUGUGCAGAUUUGUUUGCCUUUUUUCUGUGGCUUUCAAUGAUUCAAUCCCUCGGCACCACUCUUGUGUAUAGAGAAAUUUGUUCAUUGGUUCCAGCUAAAUGGAAAUGUCUCAUGAUCAUAAGAGGUAUUUCUACUUUUAGUCUAUCAAACUUGGGAUACCCUCGGUCAACUCCGAAGAUCGCCUGGGCCUCGCUUGCUUUUCUUAGCCAGGCCAAACCAGACCGUUUGUCACAUGUACGGUUCAUGUAUUCUCUAGCGCUGAUCUUUAAAAGGAUCAGCCAGGUCGCGAGCCAUCGGAUGCAUCGUCCACUAACCGUCCGAUCCAUGAGGUUUGAAUAUGGAUCAUGUUGCACUCAGAGGUUGCACUAUGGGCCAUGUUGCGCUCAGAGAUUUGCACGACGACUGCUUUGCAACAUAAUCCAUGUUGCGCUCACAACAUGACCCACAUUGCGCCCAGUUGUCGCCAUCAGGCAAUGCCGGUGCCCACAUAAACAUCUCCGGCGAGCUCGCAUCAGUGGCGCCUCCCACAACUGCUCGAAUGAAGAAAAAGGCCAUGCUCGACGGCGUCCCGUGGCAACACGGCGACACCUCACAUCAUCGUCAUCCGAUGCGCUACUCCGCUCGCAAUAACGUCGUGACCGGAAACAGACGGUGGUGUUGUUCUUGUAACCACCCCUGCUGCUGGCGGUAGCCGCCCUCCUUUGAUCAAUAGUGUGGUAGUGGUGGUCAGGGUCAAACGGUAGCCCCUGAGCAUGGGACAUCUGCAUUCCAUGGCGUCUUACCGGAAGGAGAGGCCCAUGAGUUAGGUACAUGAGAGAAAGAGAAAAGAGGAGGGGCACUCGGGGGAAGCACGGGCCAUGGCGGCAGUUUGGGCGAUAGAGAAAGAUAGAAGAGAGGAGGCUGAGAAAAAACAAAUGGAUGUGAACUGUUCCGGCCAAGAUAAGUUGGGGGAGAUAUAGUGGUACAGAGGGCCAGCCAAGUUGCGUGGCAUGCUGGCGA